AUCACUGCUAAUCAUGACCUCAUUAGACAUGAAAUCUUAAAACGUGAUAUCAUUUGGCAGUAAGUUCAAUUCUUUAUGUUGAUUCUAGCCACGUUGUUAAACAGUUAAUACAAAUUAUUCACAAAUUUCUAAGUCUUCAUAUAAUAAGAUUAGAUUGAACUACAAACCAUCUAUAUAAAAUCAGUCACUUCCAAAGACACUGGCGCAAUAACGUGCAAUUCUGAAAGAAAGAGAGGGGGAGAGACAGAACCGAGCAAGUUAGAGAGAAAUGGGAAGAAGCUAUCGUUGUGAUAAGGAUGGACUGAGUAAAGGAGCUUGGACUGCUCUUGAAGACCAGAUUCUCAUAGAGUACGUCAAAGACCACGGCGAAGGGAGAUGGGAGAAACUGUCAAGGGAAACAGGUCUAAAGAGAUGUGGGAAGAGUUGUAGACUUCGCUGGUUGAAUUACCUGAGGCCUGAGAUCAAGAGAGGGAACAUUACAGAAGAUGAAGAAGACCUCAUCAUCAGGCUCCACAAACUCUUAGGCAACAGAUGGACAUUGAUAGCUGGAAGGCUUCCAGGCCGAACAGACAAUGAGAUCAAGAACUACUGGAACUCUGUUUUAAGGAAAAAGGCACAAGAAAGCCACUCAGAAAGGUCUAGAAAUGAGUGGAAAACGACCAAGGACACCGAAAAAGCUGUCCCAUCGUUAAAAAUGGACUCACACUUCAUCCAAAAUGGACUCACACCAACAAGCUGCAUCAAUAAUGAACAGCUUGGCACUACCAAUACAUUAGCAGAACCAUUUAUCUCUGGAGUUGAAGCAACGAAUAUGGAAGUAAAAUCAGAUUCCAGCGAUGGAUUCUUACCAAUCACUAGAGAGAACGAUAUGACAUGGAACUUCAUAAGGGAUCUUAAUGCAGGCGAACUUGGCAUAUCUGAAUUUCUACAUACUGACUUCUCCAAACUUUGCGAGUUGAAUACCACGAUUUUUGAUUGCACAAGUGGGUGUAGAAACGGGUCAUUAAUGUCAACCUCAACUGCCGAAGCUCCUUUGAAAUUGCAGGAGUGGUUAAAUGAUUGGGCAGCAGACGACAAUUGUCUUCCCGAAGCAGCAUUUGGUCCUUGAUUCUUCUAUUACUGUGCAUG